AAACAACAACAACAACAACACCAGCAACAACAACAACAACAAAAACAACAACAACAACAACAACAACAACAACAACAACAACAACAACAACAACAACAACAACAACAACAACAACAACAACAACAACAACAACAACAACAACAACAACAACAACAACAACAACAACAACAACAACAACAACAACAACAACAACAACAACAACAACAACAACAACAACAACAACAACAACAACAACAACAAGAACAACAACAACAAGGGCAGCAGCAGCAGCAGCAGCAGCAGCAGCAGCAGCCGCCGCCGCCGCCGCGCGGUUAA